UUUACAUUUCUCCUUAAAUUUGUCACGUGAUCUGUCAUGGCGGGCAUUUGAAAAAUAAAACUUUGUUUUUCUCUUUUUUUACUGGUUAUUGGCCAUAUCGGACUACGAAAUAAGGCGUAAUAUACAAAAGUAUAACAGACCACACAUAAGAUGAAUUUCAAUCACCUAGAUGAACUGGUAGGACACUUCCAGAACAAAAUCUCCUCUAUGAAAUUAUGUGUUCAGCUUAGGAACACAAGCCAGACAGGCAAUAGCAGCAAACUCUUAGCUAAAAUGAAUAGGAAUGUUGGAGAAUUAGAGGCUGUUAUAUUACUUUUAAAGGCUGAGAUCUCCAGGCAGAGGGAUGAGAUGAAGCAAGUCCAGAUGAUGCGCAGUGUUGUAAUUGAUCUGAAUGAAAGAGUGUCCCAUGCAACAGAAAAUAUUCCAGAUCGGCUUCCAACCAGGAUGAAUAAUCAAAGCAAUACAAAAAGUAUGACGCCAACUGCAAGUUCUAGUGCUAAUGUGAAUGCUACCCCACUCAAACAAAAAGAUACAAACAAGUCUAUGCAAGAUACCACUGUACCUAAGGGACCUUCUAUUCAUAAAAUAGAGUAUCUGAUGAUUGAUGAAUUUGAAAGCACCCCUAAAUAUAUCAGAGGGAGGUUUACAUAUGAUCAGAUUAACUCAGCAAUAGAUGAAUUCAACAAAGCCCUGACUGCUAAAUACACAUACAUGGCUAAGGCCAAGAAAAACAUUAUAGAAAGAACCUCUAAGACUUACACAGGAUAUAAGGCACAAGAAAAUAAAGAAACAAAAGGUUUCCAAUUCUUCGUUGAGGAAGAUGUGAAACUACAUACCUCUUUUAAGCUGGGAAAAUCAAGGAAAUCAGGGGUGGAAAACUCACCCGUUAUGCCAUACUGCACUGAGCAUGAUAAUCAUUCUAAGAGUCAACAUGACAUUGGUUGAGACUCAACACAUCACACAAUGAAAUGGAUGGACAAAUCACAUUGGCAUGUGAGGCAUAUAGAAAGACACAUGUCGCAUCCUGAGUAGACACUUAUUGCAGAAUGGUAGACACACCGGACAGUGGAUAGAGAUAUUCGGAUGACAAAAUGUCAGUGCAUACACUUGAGUGGAAUCUAGACCUCUCUAGACAGUUUGCUGAAUUUAGCUGUUUGUAACCCUGACCCAUUAAAUAUUGAUGCUGUGUUUGAAGACAAUGUAAUUUGCAUAGUGAAAUAUAGAGAAGUUUUAUUACUUAUUUUGGUUUGUAUCAAUUUAAAAUUACAUGAAAAUACAUUAUAUAACUUAUCAUAUAUUAC